GCUUCUCCAACGGGUUUCACCCAUCACAUCUCACCGCAUCGAUCGCUCGUUGCUGCGAUCGCCUCGCUCGGCUGGUCCUGUUUCUUCUGCUGCACUUGGCCCACACAAUCGGCUCUAGCUCUACCAUCGCCGCAACUCCUACUCGCUCCUGUUCCUGUCCCUGUCCCUGCUCCUGGCCCAAGCUUGCUCCUGCACGCUUCCUGAAUCCCACGCCAUGUCUAGUGCUGAUCCCCCCUUCGAUGCCCUGCCUUCAUCUCAACCGCUGCAGACCUUGGCAGAUUCCCUCGAUAUCAGCGGACCAACGACCCCGGACGAGCAAGCGGCCUCGACGUUUCCCCCCAAGCUGACGCAGUCGUCGCUGCCGAGCCCUCCCCAAGACCGCAUCACGCCCUCCAAUCUCUAUGAUCUCUAUUCGGUCUUUAUCCGCACUUACCAUCCCUCGGCCAUCAACACCUUCCGCACCACCACCACCACCACCACUCCCGCCGAGAGCAGUCAGCCCAGCACCUCGAUACCGACUCCCGAGACCUUUCAUGAGCACGAAGCCGACGGCAAGCACGCCGACGGCAGUGUCCCUGCUUCGGUUGCGGUCAAGCUCGAGUCGACCCCAGUCAAGCUCGAGCCGUUGCUGAAUCGCCAUGUUUCGUUGCACUGCCAUACUGCCGAGCAUCUGGCCAAGUUCAACACCCCACCCAAGAACCAGAAAAAGUCCUUUGUGCCCUUCCAGCUCUUCGAGGUGGUGAUGCACCAGGGUCCGAUGGACGAAGUUGCUUCCUACGGCCGCAAGCGGCGCCGCACCAAUGACUAUAUGGAAUCCGAGGACGGCGAUAUCGCCUCCUGGACCGAUAUCGCCCGAAAACUUGGCUUCAACACCAAAGGCACAAACAUUGCUGCCCGCAUCAAGGAAUGGAUUGUCAAUCACCACAUCGGCCCGUUCUUUGACUGGCUCCGCGGAAUCCCGAACGAGUGGUACACGCGCUGCCAGAUCAGUACUGCCGAGCUGGAGCAGCGCCUGCCUGAGCUCGAGCGAGCCGUGCAGAAUGCAUUUUCCCGAGGCCGGCAGGGUCAAGAGGCGACCAGGGAUGAAUCGACCCGCGACAUUGGCAGCAGCAGCAGCCGCACCGAGCUCCAGGCCGGCGGCGACAUCGACAUGACCGAAGAUGAGCACGGCGAUCGCAGGCAAAGCUACCUCGCCAAGGCCAAGACCGCCAAGUCCCCGCAAUAUCGAGCCCAGGCCGGCGGCAGCAGCUCCAAGAGCAGUCACAAGGCGGCGCUGACGGACUCGGCGCUCUCUUCAUCAGCCUCGUCGGGGUCGUCCUCGUCCCUGUCGUCGUCGUCAUCGGGCUCGGGCUCAGACUCGGACUCGGACUCGGAUGCACAGUCGCACCGCAGCGCCGAGCAUCCCGCGGGCGAGGGAGAGGGGGCAAGUCCCUCCUCGAAGCAGUCGCGGAGCGAUUCCCUUACUCCUUUGAGCAAGCGACUCAAGACCGGCGACCACGCCGAGCAGGAGGGCCCCGAGGCCCAGGGCGAGCUGUCGGCCGCCCAGCUCGAGGCCCGAAAUCGCCAGCUGGAGACACGGAACCGUAAGCUGGCUGAGCAGCUCGACAAGCAGAGCAAGGAGCUGAAAAAGCUCUCCAAGAAGCUUCUCAAGGCCCGGAUGGAGCUGAAGCACAACGAGAAGAUCAAGCGGUGCAUUGUCAAGCUGGCCGCGGGCAUGUCGUCGUCGUCAUAAAGCCUGGCCAGCCGAGCCGCUUGGCAAUAUGGACCAAUACAUGCACUGCCCGAUCCCGAAGAGUUGAUCCUGCGCUCGACCUGGAC